AUGUCUGCGUAUGUGUCUGUGCGUAUGUUAUGUGUCUGCGCCUCUGUAUGUGUACUCUGCUCGUACAUGUCUGCGCCUCUCCAUGUGUGUCUGCUUGUAGAUGUCUGUGCUUCUGUAUGUGUGUCUGUUCGUGUAUGUCUGCGCCUCUGUGUGUGUGUCUGCUUGGUUAUGUCCGUGCCUCUGCAUGUGUACUCUGUCCAUGCCUUUAUUUGUGUGUCUGUUCGUGCAUGUCUGUGUCUUUGUAUGCAUGUCUGUCAGUCUGUCCGCAUCUGUGUGCAUAUGUCUAUGUGUAUGUGUGUGCAUGUGUGUCUGUGCGUAUAG